UCCGUUGCCCAGAACGUUACCCAGGCAACAAGCCGAAAAACGGCCGGCAUUGCUGCAGCGCGGGCUGGAAGGGGAACCCUCGGAACUGGCCCGGCCUGGUCGGGGCAUGUGGGAGCUUGGGACGGGUGACUCUUCGGAAACUUUGGGGCACAGGAGAACAUGGCGCUCCCCACGCUGCCCUCCUACUGGUGCAGCCGAAGGCUUCUGGAUCAGCAGGCAACUCGGCAACGACAGAGAGAACAAGAAGCCCGGCUUAGGCAGCAGUGGGACCAGAACAGCCAUUAUUUCCAGAAGUCUGACAUUUAUACCUCCAAACAGGCAGAAUGGAGCUCCAAAGCUUCCUACCUGCGGAGCAUGCAUGCCUACCAGCGAGAGAAGAUGAAGGAGGAGAAGAGGAAGAGUCUGGAAGCACGUCGAGACAGACUCCGGCAGCUUAUGCUGGAGGAACAGGACCUGCUGGUCAGGGAACUGGAAGAGCUGAGGCUGAGCAUGAACUUGCGGGAACGAAGAAUCCGGGAGCGGCAUGGGAAUCUGAAAUCUGCUCAAGAAGAACAGAGGAAACUGAUUGCUGAACAACUUUUGUAUGAACACUGGAAAAAGAACAACCCGAAACUCCGAGAGAUUGAGUUGGACCUUCACAAGAAGCAUGUGAUAAACUCUUGGGAAACACAGAAAGAAGAAAAAAAACAGGAGGAAGCCACCAAAGAGCAAGAGAACAGACGCUAUGAAAAUGAAUACGAAAUAGCUCGGAGGGAAGCAAUGGAACGGCUGAGAGCCGAGGAGGAGCGGAGGCACCUGGAGGAUAAGCUGCAGGCGGAGGCGCUGUGUCGGCAGAUGGAGGAGCUGAAGCUGAAGGAGAUGGAGGCAACCAAACUGAAGAAGGAGCAGGAGAAUCUUCUGAAGCAACGGUGGGAACUAGAGAGGCUGGAGGAAGAGAGGAGGCAGAUGGCAGCCUUCCGGCGGAAGGCAGAGUUGGGGCGUUUUUUGAGACAUCAAUACAAUGCACAGCUCAACCGACGCACCCAGCAGAUCAAACAGGAACUGGAGGCAGACAGGCGCAUCCUGCAGGCCCUCCUGGAGAAGGAGGACGAGGCCCAGCGAAUGCACCUGGCCAGGCGGGAGCAGGCCCUGGCUGACGUGGCCUGGAUGAAGCAGGUCAUUGAGGAGCAGCUGCAGCUCGAGAGGACGCGGGAGGCAGAGCUGCAGAUGCUGUUGAGGGAGGAGGCCAAAGAGAUGUGGGAGAAGAGAGAAGCAGAGUGGGCCCGGGAGCAGAGCGCGCGGGACAGGCUGAUGACCGAGGUUCUGAUGGGGAGGCAACAACAGAUACAAGAAAAGAUUGAACAGAACCGACGGGCCCAAGAGGAAUCCCUCAGACACAGGGAGCAACUCAUUCAGAAUCUCGAGGAGGCAAGAGAGUCGGCCCGCCGAGCGAGAGAGGAGAGUGAAGAACUGAAGUCAGCCAGGAAGCAGGAGUUGGAGGCCCAGGUGGCAGAGCGCCAGCUGCGGGCAUGGGAAGAGGACCAGCAGGCGGAGGAGGAAGAGGCGGAGACCAGGCAGGCAGAGCAGCUCUCUGAUGCUCUGUUGCAGCAGGAGGCGAAGAUCAUGGCCGAGCAGGGCUACCGGCCCAAGGCCUACGGACAUCCCAGAAUUGCUUGGGACUAACUUUGCUGGUACUGUAGGCACAGAGAAGAAUGGUGCUGAGUUCUUUGACCCGCAGCUGCCAGACAGUUCUACAGUGUUUGGCUCUGCUCAGGUUCAAGGCAACACCGGGAGUUGCUCUGCAUGCUCAGGUGUGUGGUCAAGGGCAAUUGAAGGGCCUGGCGUUCCCCAGCGUGGAUGUGCAGAACCCUGGUGUGAUGCCCUCUCCUGCCUUUCUCAUCCAAGAGCCUCUCACAGCUCCCGUUCACGGUACUCUUGUAAAGUAUUCAUAAAUAACUCAAUACUGAGAGGUACAAGUCGUAUUUCAUAACAGGAUAUGUGGUUUCUCCUCCCCCCGUGUCAACUCCAGAGAAGACUAGCCAGGGCAUUGCACAUGCUAGGCAAGCACUCUGCCACGGGCCAAAUCCCCAACCCCAUACUUUACAGUUGUCAUUUAAAUUUAACUGUUGUAUUGAAAACAAACUUACAGGUCUUGGUGCAGUUUAUUUCAAGGUUUAUGAAUUUAGUAGCCUGAAAGGAGCACAUUUUUUAUAUUUGGGAAGCAAAGAACUAGGAAUAAUUAGGACCUUCCAACAGUCUGACGGUCUCUGAAUACUUCUGGAAAGGUGGUGAGAAAUGAGUCUUCCUCCUCCAGGAAGUGUUUUGGGAGAAUUUCUGCAGAGUGUGUAUGCAGGGCAGUGAUCACAGCAUGUGUUGCUGACCCUGCAAAAGAACCCCAAACGGUCCCCUGGCUGACUGGUCUUUAAAGGCAGGGCCCUGACCCUCAGGGCCUCUAGUGUCUGGGGAAGGUCUCCGUUUCACGUAGCCACCUGGGAUUUUUGUGCCCAGAGAAAGGGGCUGAACCUGAAGAAACCAGAUGGACUCAGACCACAGACCCGGCCCCCUCUUCUCCCACUGUUGUGUCAGUGUGACAUAGUCCCAGAUUUCUCUCUACAAUAGCUACAGUUCCUUGUAGUAAUGAUCAUAUUUUUAUGACUGGUAUUUUUUCCAUUCUCUUCCUCUGAGAAGUCAUUUUCAUGACAUUGUAUUCAAGGUUCCACGGCUCAGGAAAUGACAGCUAAUUAUUGGCUAUUUUUCUAUGGUUAUUAAAAACCAGAGUUUCGUAAAAUAUUUCUGAGUCUCAGGUCACAUUUCCUCUCCCUUCCAUUAUGUUGUGAAAACAAAUUGAGCUGCAGACUGCAUCCUGAACCUGAUGUUCGUCCUGUGUCCUGUGUUCUCCAGGAGUGGCCCCCGAGCCCCGCUCGUGUCCUGCUUGCUCAUCUUUAUCCCCCAGAUGUUCAUUAAUUGUGACAUAAAGCCCUGCUUGACAGUGCCACUCCA